AUGUGGUCAGCAGGUCUAGGUGGUCGGGCCACUCCAUCUGGAACCCAAGACUCACUCCAAACCCUCUUAUCUCGAACCGUACCAAUUGUUUUCCGUAUACCCAAUAUGAGUAGAGGUUUUGCUGCCAUAAUACUACGCCAUCCAUAUGAUGAAAGAAGUCUUGAUGACCAAGUGUUGACUCUCCCAUUGAACCGAUCUUGUACAAAGGAGAACACUUUCAUCUUCGAGCCACCGAUUUGUUCUGGUAAUCCAAGGUGCUUUAUUCGGGUUAAUGUCGAAGAGAGCUCUUCUAAUUUCCUGUUCCGACGGUUCCUCGAAGAGUGGAUUGCUAUCAUGGCUUGCUGCCUCUCAGUUGUCGGGUUACUAGAUAAGAAGAAUGAUGAUAGACGGUGGUGGUUCUGGUACUCUUGUGUUCCUGGAUCUGCAUUGACCAUCUUUUGGCUUUACUACUUGCUCAGGCUUCCCAAGUUCCGGUGGGAUGCUAUCUGGCUUCCAUUUGGCCCCCUUCGCGGAGCGGGAACUUGUCUAUACGUGGACCAUCUACUGGAGGAAUCAUCCGAACAAGUGAAAAAACUAAGGAACUAUUGUAUGUAUGCAUAUAAAGCAAGGUAGAGAUAAAAACGGUAGAUUCCAAGUCAUGCAGGUCAGAUCUUCAUUGGUAUGUGUAAUGAUUUCUCCAACGACUCAAACAAUUUACUUGACAUUGGUGCAUUAUCAAUCAUAAAUCGAUA